AUGCUGGCCGGCUUCCCGUCUACUGUGUCAGCAGCACUGCUGGACCUGAGACGUACUCAGAGUCAUCAAUGUGACAGCAGCAAAUGGAAUUCAGUGCUCAGAGCUCCUCUUACCUUUGUGUUUGUGAUCCAGCUGACAUCGGGAGGACGGCCACAUUACUACGUGUCCUACCGGAGGAAUGCCUUUGCCCAAAUGAAGCUGCCCAAAUAUGCUUUGCCCAAGGACAUGCACGUCAUCAGCACAGAUGAGAAUCAAGUGUUUGCAGCAGUUCAAGAAUGGAACCAAAAUGACACCUACAACCUGUAUAUCUCAGACACCCGUGGAGUCUAUUUCACACUGGCCUUGGAGAAUGUCCAGAGCAACAGAGGUCCUGAGGGCAACAUCAUGAUCGACCUCUAUGAGGUAGCAGGGAUAAAGGGAAUGUUCUUGGCUAACAAGAAGAUUGACAACCAAGUGAAGACUUUCAUCACGUAUAACAAAGGCCGAGACUGGCGUUUGCUGCAGGCGCCGGACACGGAUCUAAGGGGGGACCCUGUGCACUGCUUACUGCCCUAUUGCUCACUACACCUUCACCUUAAGGUCUCUGAGAAUCCCUACACAUCAGGGAUCAUUGCCAGCCGAGACACAGCUCCCAGCAUCAUAGUGGCUUCAGGUAAUAUAGGUUCUGAAUUAUCAGACAGCGACAUCAGCAUGUUUGUCUCUUCAGAUGCAGGGAACACCUGGAGGCAGAUCUUUGAAGAAGAGCACAGUAUUUUGUAUCUGGAUCAGGGUGGAGUCCUGGUUGCUAUGAAGCACACGUCUCUCCCGAUUCGACAUCUCUGGUUGAGUUUUGAUGAAGGGAGAUCUUGGAGCAAAUACAGUUUCACAUCUAUUCCACUUUUUGUGGAUGGGGUUCUGGGUGAGCCUGGGGAGGAGACUCUAAUCAUGACCGUGUUUGGACACUUCAGCCACCGCUCAGAAUGGCAGCUGGUCAAAGUGGACUACAAGUCCGUGUUCGACCGACGGUGUGCCGAGGAGGACUACAGACCGUGGCAGCUGCACAGCCAGGAUUCAGGAAAGCCCGAGGCAAUGAUUGGUCAGAAGAGCGACAGACAAAAGGAAUGUUCUCUAGCUGAUGAUGCUGGUGGUGAUGGUGAGCCCAUGCCUCCAGAGCCGCUCGCCAAGACAGAGUCACAGGUGGGCUUGGAUGCUGAGUAUAGGAAAGUCGUUUCCAAUAACUGCACGGACGGAGUGAGAGAACAGUACACCGCCAAACCGCAGAAGUGUCCCGGGAAGGCCCCGCGAGGGCUGCGCAUCGUCACUGCAGAUGGAAAGUUGACAGCAGAGCAAGGGCACAAUGUUACCCUCAUGGUGCAGCUGGAAGAGGAUGCUGCCAGCCAUCGAAUGGCAGAGAAGAUGACUCUUGAUAAAAUUUGCUGUCCCCUGGAGCAUGUACACCUGUCUCUUCCCUUUGUCACCACAAAGAACAAAGAGGUCAACGCAACAGCAGUGCUGUGGCCCAGCCAAGUGGGCACCCUUACUUACGUGUGGUGGUACGGAAACAUCACGGAGCCUCUGAUCACCUUGGAGGGAAGCAUAUCAUUCAAGUUUACUUCGGAAGGGAUGAACACCAUCACAGUGCAGGUCUCAGCUGGGAACGCCAUCCUGCAAGACACGAAGACCAUCGCGGUGUAUGAGGAAUUCCGAUCCCUUCGCCUGUCCUUCUCUCCGAACCUGGAUGACUACAACCCUGAUAUCCCUGAGUGGAGGAGGGACAUCAGCCGAGUCAUCAAAAAAUCCCUGGUGGAAGCCACCGGGGUCCCAGGCCAGCACAUCCUGGUGGCGGUGCUCCCUGGCUUACCCACCGCCGCUGAGCUCUUUGUCUUGCCCUAUCAGGAUCCGACUGGAGAAAACAAACGGUCGGCUGAGGACCUAGAGCAGAUAUCAGAACUGCUGAUCCACAAGCUCAACCAAAACUCGGUGCACUUUGAGCUGAAGCCUGGGGUCCAAAUCCUUGUCCACGCAGCCCACUUAACAGCAGCCCCGCUGGUGGACCUCACUCCAACCCACAGUGGAUCCGCCAUGCUGAUGCUGCUCUCGGUGCUGUUUGUAGGGCUGGCCGUGUUCGUCAUCUACAAGUUUAAAAGGAAGAUCCCGGGGAUUAAUGUUUAUGCCCAGAUGCAGAAUGAGAAAGAACGAGAGAUGGUCAGUCGGGUCAGUCACACUGAAAGCAGGGCCCAUAUCCCUCAGACUGAACUAAGGCGGCCUGGCCAACUGAUAGAUGAGAAGGUGGAAUGCCAGCUCAUAGGAAGUAUUUCCAUAGUUGCUGAGAAUCAAAGCACAAAAGAGAUCCCUACCUAUGUAAAUGUUUGAAUGGAGGACGCCAGUAAAAACAAAAACAAACAAACAAAUAAAAUAAAAAACGAUCAAAAUCCAAACAGACAGACAAACAAACAAACACUCACUGCAUCGGGACUUUUUAAUUCUUCAGACACAGACAACAAGGGUUUUUAGCUUUAAGCCUGUGCAUGUGGACAAUACCUUGAACAUGCUUGGAGGGGCAGUGUGCUGGUGCUCUAUUUUAAUGGAAAAACACUCCCCUCCCCCUUUCCUCUUCUCUCUCUUUUUUCUGAUCCGUCGUGUUUGUAGAAAAUUCAUAACAUAUAGAGGCCAAGGAAAUCUGCAUGUGUUUUUGGAAAUAUUCUUGGCUCUCGACUUAACAGCUAUUUUAGCCCUAGAGGCUGAUGGGGGGCAUUAGCCGCCCCAGCGCCUUUCAUAAGACACAAAGACAUGCACAGGAGUGUGAAACCCUGAGCUGUUUCUCUGUCCCAGUUUCUUUUCUAAGUUAUCUCUGGUAGCUCCGGUGGCCAGCCGUGGCCACAGGACUGCUUGCGUUCUUGCAUUCUGUGCAGCCACAGGGACGAAGGAGCGAGGUGAAGUUCCACAUACGCGGGCAGACGAGGGAAGGCAGGGAGGGGGGGCAAGCAUGUCAGAAGUGGAUCUCUGUUUCCUGUUCACCUCUUCCCGUCGCCAAGGCUUUCCCUUGUAGCUUUCUUACUCCUGUCCCCCAGCUUACGUAGAAGAGAGAAUCCCAGGUCCCCAUUGUCUGGCCUCCCCAUUUGUUUGCUACCCAUGUGUGGUCAUGAUCUGUUGAUGUCUUUGUACCUCUUCCUUCCAGUCUCCAAGUUGUCUUUCAACUCCUACUUUUUCUUCCCAAACAUGUUACUGGAUUCUAGACAUUAACUUCAGUGUUCCCUAAAUACUGGCCUGGUCUCUGCUGGCCUUGCCCCCCACCACCCACACAUGUCAGCAUGCCAACUUCCCUACACUGACCCAGCUGCAUCCUGCCCUGCAGGUUUCGGCUCCAUGUAUCCUUUGUCCCCUCCUGUAGAACCUGCCUCUUCCAAAUAGCUUUGCCUUUUCCCACCUGGAAACAUGCAGAGUGUGUGAAAGAGUUGAUGUAUGCAAAACGAUUCAAACCUGGCCAUGUACACUGGAAAAGAAAGCAUACAGAUGAAUAGUGGUAUUCUCACACCUUAACAAAAAUCUCGUGUGCAGAUUCCAGAAUAUUCUUGUGAGAAAUGUUUCGAAUGUGUUACUAUGUGGCAGGGCAAUUUCCUUCUGUAAUGGUUGCUAUUACCCAGUAUUUGUUCUCUCACAAUACAGUAAAAAUAUUUGUAAAAUAAAACUGAUUUUAACCAGAA